ACGGGAAUGGUACUGUGAGUGCUGUUGCUUCAUGGUACCCACGGGACUCCCUUCAGUUUUCAUUUGUCCCUUGCUGUUGUUCAGUAUUGGUAUAACAACCGAAAUUUGUCCCUUACUUGUGCUCAAUAUUAGCCAUAACAAAAUCGUGUAAAUCAGGCCCAUAAAUAAUGCCUGUGUGAUAGAUGAGCGUUGUAUAUUUAAAAUAUAUGGCUUUAUAACUUCAUAAUAAAAAUAUAGGGAAUUACAAGGAGUCGUUCAGAGGAAGCUUGAUUUAGAGCAAUGUUGGGCAAACAAGGCUGGUCCAAAACUGCCCUUCUGAGAGCUGAUGCUGGUCUCAUCCUCCUGCUGUUGCUGCUGCUGAUAGCUUCUCCCAUGUCUUCUGCGGGUUUUCAGUCUGUGACCGAAGGCAACGCCUCCCUCACCAUCUCCCCUCACGAGGUGGACCUAACAGUGGGUGAUGUCUACACCUUUAAUCUCACUUUCAGCGAAGAGUUCACAGGAUGUGUCAUCGUGACCUUCAACCUGACCAAGGAUGUGGGUGACCUUCCGCUGUCCCUGGAGCUAUGUGACGGCUCCCCCGGGGACUGGUGGCCCCUUAACCUCACCACCACCAACAACGGCAAGGCCACACUCACUGCUGAGGCUUUCCCGAAGGGACUGGUAGAGACGAGGGCCACGGAAGCCUUUGCUUUGGUGUCGGUGAUGACUAACCCGAACAUCAACGUGGCGAGUAACGUACUGGGCUGGAUCUAUACCAUCGCCUGGGAUAUCUCCUUCCUCCCGCAAAUCAUUCACAUCUGGCGUCGGAGGAGCGUGGAGGGCUUCAGUUUUGACUUCAUCACCUUCAACUUCAUUGGGUUCUUCUCUUACUUCAUCUUCAACAUGGGACUCUACUGGAUCCAUGCCAUUAAGGAGGAGUACUUUAUCCGGCACCCCAGCAGUGUACUACACGUCAGACUCAAUGAUGUGAUCUUUCCACUGUACGCUCUGCUAUGUACUGCUAUCGAGAUUGUUCAGUGCUUCUUCUAUCAUAGAGCACCGGGUCAGCGGGUGUCCACGCCGUGCAUGGUCAUCUCUGGAGUGUUGGUGUUAAGUGCAGUGGUUGGGUGCGUGCUGGUGCCUACCGUUGACUCCCUCCUCUGGCUCGAUCUCCUCUACUGGCUCUCAUACAUCAAGCUUAUUAUCACCUGCAUCAAGUACAUUCCCCAGCUGUAUGAGAACUACCGCCGUCAGAGCACCUCCGGCUGGAACAUCUGGCAAGUUAUCCUUGACUUCAUUGGUGGAACUUUCAGCCUGUUGCAGAUGUUCCUACUGGCUGGUAACUAUGAUGACUGGCGAUCUGUGCUGGCAGACCCAACUAAGCUGGGACUGGGAUUACUCUCAAUUUUCUUCGACACCUUAUUCAUUAUACAGCACUACUGUCUCUACAAAAAUGUGGAUGAGAGGAAGAAGUCGACAACGUCACUCGAGUUAGUGAUAAAGGACGCUGACAAUGCUUUAAGUGAUACUGAUGUUACACUCCACCUCUAGCCCACACAAGUACCCAUCAUACAUGAGCCAUCAUGCUACACGGGAUUGACCAUCAUUAUAUUAUUCAAGGCGACGCGCUAAACUCGUAGAUGCUAGAUAGCCCCUGAAGAAUGGGAAGUAAUCAGUGUUAAUCCCAGAGAAGGGAAGCUCCAAGACCCAUUCACCAGCGUCAAGACACCCACCUGAAGGAAUUGAGUGGAGACGAAUGGUCGUUGGUAAGCUAUAUACCGUUGGUGUUAGCAUUAUAAAAUCUAUUAAGGGAUUUAAGUAAGACGGACUUUGUUUUCGAGGUGAAAAGUAGUGAUGGUUGUCAUUGGAUUAUGUCUAUGCCCUUGUGAAAAGACAGCCGGGAAACUAGUAAUAGCAAAGGUGUUAUCUGUGAGUCACGUUGCCUUGGCAGGAUAUAGCAUAAAAUUUCAUACAGUAAACACACACAGUCUAAAGGGAAAUUAAUUCCUCUGAAGAUCUGUGUCAACUCACGAAAACGCUCGGGUGUUUCUUCGUAUUUUCUUAUCACUGUGGCAUUUUUUCUCACACACACACACACAUAUAUAUAUAUAUAUAUAUAUAUAUAUAUAUAUAUAUAUAUAUAUAUAUAUAUAUAUAUAUAUAUAUAUAUAUAUAUAUAUAUAUAUAUAAUGUCGUGCCGAAUAGGCAGAACUUGCGAUCUUGGCUUAAAUAGCAACGCUCAUCUUACCAUAUAGGACAAGUGAAAAUUUUUGUAUGCAAUAAUUUCGCCAAAAUCAUUCUGAACCUAACGAAAAAAAUAUAUUUCGUUGUGUUUGUUUAGUAAUAAAUUAUUGUAAACGUAUCUAAAAUAUAUUUAGUUGGAUUAGGCUAAAAUAAAUUAUGAUUGUUAUAAUAAGGUUAGGUAAGUUUUCUAAGAUUCUUUUCGUGCAAAAUUAUAAAUUUUUACAUCAACAUUAAUGAAAAAAAAUAUAUCUUUAAACAUACAAGAGAAAAUUUUAGAAAGGACUUAAUUUUAAAUGAGUUUUUGCUAAUUGACCAGUUUUACAUAUUCGGC